AUGACGCACGCAGGAGUUUUGAUGGAUGAUACUACGUUGAAGUUCCAUGAUGUUGUUCCUGGUGGAAUUAUUUCAUUAUGUAUCUGGCAUUAUGAUGGAUGGACGGAACUGGUUUUGGCGGCUGUGGAAGGGGAUCCCAGUAAGCUCUCCUGCCUCGGUGUUGAUGAAGACUCGCUCUACCAAACUGCAAAUUCGCAGCAUUUGGAACACAAGCAGUGGAAGGACUGGAUCGCUCAGAGAGCGUUCGUGGCCUUGUACAUUACCUCUCACAGAGGCCACUCGGCUGCUGUGCAGUACCUUCUAGAACACGGAGCCGACAGUCUCAGCAGAACCCCCAUGGGCAGGACAGCCCUGCACGUGGCCGCAGCCAUGGACCGUCUGGAUUGUAUAAGCCACCUGCUCAAGUACGGUGCCUCCAUCAACGAAAGAGAUGACAGGGGGGAGAGCCCCAUGUCCGUCGCCCAGCGCCUGAACCACAGGCACAGUGAACGGAGGAUGUUCCUCUUCUAUUGGAUGGCAAAGUCGGGGACAAAGGACCCAAAGAACUUGAUCACGAACAAGGAUUUUCGCAGGGCGAAGUCCAGGUUUGGCUCCAAGAAGAGCCAAGUUUGACUCCCCCUGGGAACGUUUGCACCUCGAAGCUGACUUGGGUCACUUUUCAGAGUUCAAAAUCGCAGUGGCCCUCAGGGAGCAGGAAGCCAAGAAAGCAUGGCAAUUAAUCUGAAUCAGAUACUCAAUUAUGGGUCCUGUUUGCAAAUGACUUGGGGAGGGUGUUGAUGGAAGUAGGUGAGUUUGUGUUCAUUCCGUAAUCCAUUACGGACUGAGCGGGCCUCUGAUGCCAGUCGUUAAUUUUAAGCUAUUUGUACAUUGUAUCCAAUAACGCUGCUUGGGGUGAUGAGAGCCAAUUACCUUCUCUCGUCUCGCGUCUGGAGACCGUCUAACACAUCAGCAUAAUAGAAGUAAUAGCAAUGAUGAGGACAGCAAGGUUGCUAUUGCCCAGAACAAGGACU